AUCACAUGACAGAGAAUCAGUUCCACUUCAAAAUGGCUUUAGGGUGUAAUAGGUUUCAGAAAGACUCUGCAGUACUUGCAAUAGUUUUGGCGUGUGUUUUAUGCGCGCCGUGUGCUGCUCGCUACAGCAGGCCGCACAGAUAUGAAGCUCAGCUGGAGUCUGCAGCAGCAGCGGAGGAGGAGCAGUGGUUCAUCCAGAGACUCGAUCACUUCAACGGCGCCGAGACUCGAGUCUGGAAACAGAGAUAUUUCGUGAAUGACACCUUCUAUAGACCCGGUGGUCCGGUCUUCCUGAUGAUCGGGGGUGAAGGUCCAGCAAACCCCGCCUGGAUGCAGUACGGAACCUGGCUGCUUUACGCACAGAAACUGGGCGCCUUGUGCUUGUUACUGGAGCACCGAUUCUACGGGAAGAGUCACCCGACAGAGGACCUGAGCACUGAGAAUCUGCGUUUCCUCAGCAGUCGUCAGGCAUUGGCUGAUCUCGCUCACUUCCGCACGGUUACCGCAGCGACGCGAGGCCUGACCAAUAGCAAGUGGGUUGCGUUUGGGGGCUCCUACCCAGGAUCUCUUGCUGCCUGGUUCCGUCUGAAGUACCCGCACCUGGUGCACGCCUCCGUAGCGACCAGCGCACCUGUUCACGCCACAGUCAACUUCCCAGAAUAUUUAGAGGUUGUGUGGCGAUCGCUGGCGGCGGAAAACCCAGAGUGCCCUCUAGUGGUGAAGAAAGCAUCGGACACGCUGGGAGAACGACUCAAUGACCCGAAAACUUAUGACAACAUCACAAAAGACUUCAGGUUGUGCUCUAAGCUCCAGAUCCAGUCCAAGAUGGAUUCUGCGUAUCUUUUGGAGUCCUUGGCUGGGAAUUUCAUGGAUGUAGUGCAAUACAAUGAGGACAACCGGGCGUUUGAGGGUGUUGUGGGCACAAACAUCACCAUAAAGGUGUUGUGCAGUGUGAUGCUGGACUCUUCGUUAGGUGAGCCGUACGAUCGAUACGCCGCUGUGGCUCGACUGAUGCAGAGCACAUUCUCUCAGGCCUGCAUAAACACCCAGUACAAGAGCUACAUCCAGGACAUGAGCAACACAAGCUGGAGCGGCCCUGAGGCCGGAGGAGGGCGGCAGUGGGUGUAUCAGACCUGCACUGAAUUUGGUUUUUAUCAGAGCACCGAUUCACCGAACCAGCCCUUCAGUGGAUUUCCCUUACACUAUCACCUGCAGCAGUGCGCUGACAUAUAUAAUCUCAGCACCUCGUUGGACGAUGCUAUUCAGCAGACCAAUGAAGAAUACGGAGGAUAUGACAUCAGAACCACUCGCAUCGUCUUCCCCAAUGGUUCCAUUGACCCCUGGCACGCCCUUGGAGUGACCCAGGACAUCACAAGCGACCUUCUGGCUGUCUUUAUCGAAGGUACCGCUCACUGCGCUAACAUGUACCCGGCCCGAGCGGAAGACCUUCCUCAGCUGAGUUUAGCACGGGACCACAUCUUCAUCCUGCUCCAGAAGUGGCUGGCCGAGUGAUUGACAGCAGCAGCAGCCAAUCAGGAGCACAGACGUGUGUAAUGGCCAAUCACGAUGUUUAAUGGUACCAUGGCAAUGCAAAGAAGGAAUUUUCUUGCUUUAGAAAUCCAUUUUGGUGGUUUUUAUAACAAUCUUGAAUUCAAAAU